UUUUUAUAAAAAAGUGAUUGUAGAAGUCGAGUGCACGUUUUUCGAUUCUCAUUUCCGAUUGUCACUGUGUUAUUUCAAAAAAUUUCCAUUAAAAAAUAUUUUUUAAAAUGCGUGAGAAUACACCACCACGUAUUCAAGACAUCGAAGAUGAUGAAGACGUCGAGGAAGAUUAUUUAAUCGGUGACAAUGAAGAAUUCGAAGAAGUUACCAUCGAAGAUCUUGAAGCAAUGGUCGGUGGUAGCCAUGACCACUCUGAUGAUGACGAAGACAAUAACGAUGCCGAACCUGAACCUCGUACUCCAGUUCAAGAUGAUGCCAUUUUAACUCUACGUGGCCAUGCGGGUUCUGCAUUCACGUGUUCAAUGCAUCCAACCAAAGAUUGGGCUGUCACAGGAGGUGAGGAUGAUAAGGCAAUUGUUUGGAAUACCCAGACGGGAGAGAAAAUCCACACUGUCGAAGGACACAAAGAUUCUGUGAUAGAAACACACUUCAGUUCGGAUGGAAGUUAUUUGGCUACCGGCGAUAUGGCUGGAGAGAUAAUGGUCUUCAAAAUCUCUGAUGAUUUGACAAAAAUAUGGGAUUAUUCUAUGGGCGAUAUGUGUUGGAUGAAAUGGCAUCGAGCAGCCAAUGUUCUGAUAGCUGGUAGUGAAGCUGGUGAAAUUUACAUCUGGAGAAUACCAUCAGGCGAUUGUAAAAUUCUCCCAGGAAAUGGUGUUAAAUGUGAAUCAGCUGAGAUAACUGGUGAUGGUAAGAAACUUCUAGCUGGCUAUGGUAAUGGAACUGUCAAGCUUUGGGACAUCAAAUCAAAUUCCAUUGUGAUGGAAGUUGAAUUGAAUCAUCCAAUGGCACACAAAGACAAUGUCUCCACAGUUUCGUGUGACAAAGAGAAUCCAGUUUAUAUGACUGGAGGUGAAGAUGGAAAAAUCCUAUUCCUUACGAACAGUGGUCCUGUGGGUUCCGUUGAAGCUGGUGGCCCUGUUGAGUGUGUUGCGUUCUCACCAUCAGCCGAUUUCAAGGUAGCAGCGAGUGGUACUUUGCAGGGACAAAUUGCGAUAUGGGAUUAUCAGAAAUACUCAAUGAGAACCCAGUGUGAACACCAACAGAUUGAUGAUGGAGUAACUUCAAUGAAAUGGAUUUCCGACCACACAUUACUUGUGGGAACAAUUCAGGGAAAUAUCUUUGGUUAUGACGCGAGAAACGGUUCACGGAUUUUCACACUCUCCGGUCAUCUAGGUGACAUCUACGCCAUGCAGUACAAUGCACGAGAAGGAAUUGUGAUGUCAGUUUCAGAAGAUCAAACAGCCAAAAUUUUCAAAUGUCCAACUUUGGAAUGAGAUUCUAUUUUCCAGUCUUCUAAAUUGUUAAAUUAUUCCCUCUGUUUAGUUAUUAUGUAAAUAAUAAAAUAGUUUUAGAUCUUUAUUAAUAAAAAAAAAACAUAUUUUGUAACGCA